UACGGCGUUAGUGUUUGUGUUUAUUUUAUUAAGGUUAGGUUAUUAAAUAAUUGAGUCCAAGAUUAUAAAUUUAUAUUUUUGCUGUCUAAUAACUUCUGUGUUAGUGUUUCAUAAUGUCCGGAGAUAAACAGUAUGGUCUUAUACUGCCGAAAAAAGGAGCCGGUCAAGAUGUUAUACACAGACCUUCUAUUUUUGAUGAAGAAAGUGAUUCAGAAGACUCAGGAAAGGAAGGGGGAGAUUGGGUAAAAAAGGCUUACCAGCGUGAAGCAGCUAAAUCUGUUGAGAAAAGGCAGACAAAGAUUCAGAUUAAGAAAGCCCUUAGUCAGGAUCCAAGCAUAUUCCAAUAUGAUGAGGUUUACGAAGACAUAAAAGAGAAAGGCAGCACUGGGCCAAAGAAAGAAGAAAAGAAACAAUCUCGCUACAUCCAGUCUUUAAAAAGAAAUGCGGAGAAGCGGAAGCUGGAAAAUGAGAGGAGACUUGAACGUCAAGUCCAAAAAGAAAGAGAAGAAGAAGGCGAGCAAUUUAAGGACAAAGAAACUUUUGUUACUUCAUCAUACAAGAAGAAACUACAGGAGUUUCAACAAAUGGAUGAGGAAGAAAAGCGUAUGGAUAGGCUAGAAGAGAUUGGCGAUGUAACAAAACAAGCGGACAUGUCAGGAUUCUACAGACACUUGUACAGAACAACAGUGGAAGGUGAACCGAAACAAGAAAAGAAGGAAGAUGAAGAGAAAGUAAAGGAAAAGUCAGAAUCACCAAUAAAAAAGAGUCCUGUCAAAGAAAAGAAUGAGGAAAGUUUCAAGCAGGUUGAUAACACAAAACAAAAACGUCAAUAUAGAAAACGCAAGAGGUCAACAAGCUCUAGAGAAGAAGGUGAGAAAACCUCUUCAAGUUCAUCUGAUUCUCCUAGCUCCAGUAGUGAGUCUGAGACUGAGAAUGAGCCUAAAGAAGUUCUAAAGAAAGCAGAACCUGAGAAAAAGAAAGAGAAGGAUCAUCCUACGUCAAGAAAACAAUCCGAGACUCGUGAUAAGGAAAAUAUUGAAGUACCGACAAAAGUAGUAGAAGAAACAAUCGAUAGCAAGAAGAAAAAACUGACUGAUGAAAAAGAAAAGACUAUAGAUAAAUCAAAUAGUGAAGCACUACUCGUGGCACCAGUUGUUCAAAAAGAAACUAAGCCCCUUAAAAAUAUUUGGCAGAAACGAACAGUUGGGGCUGUAUUUAAUGAUGCUCUUCAAAGGUACAUGGAGAGAAAGUCAAAACGGCAAGGUUCCUAUUGAAUUGUUCAAGUACUGUACUCUAAGAAUUUGCUAUUUACCUAUAAAGUAAAAAUUGUAUUGUUUUUAAAAUGUGGUGAUGAAUGUAUAUAUUUUAAAUAGCACACAAAUGUAUUUAGUACUUGUUAUUUAAAAUGCUUGGUACAGAACUACCUUUGACUAUGAAGUCAAUGAUACUACUAAAAUAUUGAGAUGGUAACCAAACUAGAACACAAAUCAUCGCCUUGUAAAUUAUGGAGACACAAGAGUGGAUAAAAAAUGUAUGAUAACUAACUGAAGAAACCCACUUACUGUCCAAUCAACUGUGUUAUUGAUGAAGACUCGAUCUUAAAAAGAAAUUGCAACCGAAGAUAUUUUUAUAUUUAAUUUUAAAUAUAUAGAAUAUAAUAUAUCAAAUAAUCAUAUUUUAUUCCUUCUCAAUUGUUUUGUUGUAAAGUUAUAUUCCAGAAAUAAAAAGUAUGUUUAAA